AUUGCGGGAGGCAGGAGGAGGCUUUGAGUCGGUCCUAGCGCCCAUGGCUCAGACCAUUCUCCAGCCCGGGGGAGGGCUGGACCAUGGGGUUAGGAGGAAGAAGUCGGAAGUCACGUGGACGCCUUGCGGCCCAGUUGAUUGGCUUGGCAGGACAUGAAUGAUGCAGCUGUGAUUGCAGCCUUUUCUGCCAGCUGGCCUGACCAUCCAGUGCCCCCAGAGAAGACAAGAAGGAGGAAAGGAAGGUCUGCUCUUGCUGGGAUCCGCCAGUCUUCCCUGUCACCAUUCCCGGAACUUUGUCUCCAGGGGUGAACACCCCACUGGUCCUGAAUACCAACCUCCGGUCCCACCGUCAUGGGGCUCUAAAGUCCAUGUGGCUCACAACUCUGAACCAGGAUUCACGAGAGCAGUUGAAGGAACUGGAGAUGUUUGGCCUGGAGGAAAAGAAAACUCAGGAGAAACAUGAUCUCUGCCUUCAAGCAUCUCAAGGGCUGGUGUUAAGAAAGAUGCAGAGGCGGCACAGCAGCAACACGGACAGCGCUCCCCCUGAAAGAAAUCGAAGCCAGACCCUUAGCUCUGAGACCAGUGUGGACGAAGGCGGUGUCUUUGAAGGUUUGAAGCUUGAAGAUUCCUCCCCUCCACCCAUCUUCUCUGGAUUAGCUGGUCUCCAGCCAGGUACCCUCACUGCCACCCAAUUCCAGUCAGGCUUGGUUCUGGGCUCAGCCCCUGGAGGUGGGGAAGUAUUCAUUCAGAUGCCGGCCCCCCGAGAAGAAGGGGCCAGCCGGGGAGAGAGUGGGCCCUUCCAUCACCGACCAGCCUCCCACCACUUCCACCAUGGCCACCACCGGGGAAGCUCCCUGUUGCACGUUGGUGGUGACCGGCACGGGCACGGAGAAGAAGGUGGUGAAGAUCAGCCGGGGACGCCAGCCCCAGCUCUCUCAGAACUCAAGGCCGUGAUCUGUUGGCUGCAGAAGGGACUCCCUUUCAUCUUAAUCCUUUUGGCUAAGCUGUGCUUCCAACAUAAACUGGGCAUUGCCGUGUGCAUCGGAAUGGCUAGCACAUUCGCCUAUGCCAACUCCACGCUCCGCGAGCAGGUGUCUCUGAAGGAAAAGAGAUCAGUCUUGGUCAUCUUCUGGAUUUUGGCCUUCCUGGUGGGGAAUACCCUAUAUGUACUGUACACAUUUAACUCCCAACAGCUCUACAACAGCCUCAUCUUCCUGAAGCCCAACCUGGACAGCCUGGAUUUCUUUGACCUGCUUUGGAUUGUGGGAAUUGCAGACUUCAUGCUGAAAUACAUCACCAUCGCACUCAAGUGUCUCAUCGUGGCCCUGCCCAAGAUCAUCCUGGCUGUCAAGUCCAAGGGCAAGUUCUAUCUGGUGAUUGAAGAGCUGAGCCAGCUGUUCCGGUCACUCGUUCCCAUCCAGCUGUGGUACAAAUAUAUCAUGGGAGAUGACCCCUCCAAUAGCUAUUUCCUAGGAGGGGUCCUCAUCAUCCUGUACAGCCUGUGCAAGUCCUUUGACAUCUGUGGCCGGUUGGGCGGAGUGAGGAAGGCCCUGAAGCUUCUCUGCACCCCUCAGAACUAUGGGGUGCGGGCCACGAGCCAACAGUGUGCUGAGGCCGGGGAGAUCUGUGCCAUAUGCCAAGCUGAGUUCCGGGAGCCUUUGGUCCUGAUGUGCCAGCAUGUAUUCUGCGAGGAGUGCCUCUGUCUUUGGUUCGACCGGGAGAGGACCUGCCCCCUCUGCCGCUCAGUUGCCGUGGAAACCCUGAGAUGCUGGAAGGAUGGUACCACCUCUGCCCAUUUCCAGGUGUAUUAGCUCAAGAGACUCUUGGGUGGGUGGAAGGGCUCUGCCGAGCAGAGACAUUGGGAAAGGUCCCCAGGUGUCCAUCACACAUCAGUCUCGUUUAUAGUUGGCUUGUCCCCAACAAGGCCUCCUGUCCUCAGCCACAUUCUGUGAAGGUGAAGCUGGUGAACAGUUGCUAAUAUGAGUGUCUUCUAUGGGGUUUUGUUUACUCUGGAUCUAGAACUGAGAUUCUCCCCUGAACUCACUUCUCCAUCUUCCCCUCCUUGAUGAAAUCCCCUGACCCUGAUAAUGUCUUCAUCCCUUUUCAACCAGGAACCCAAUAUCAGCCCUAACGAAUAUGACACAGUUCCAUUCAUUGCCCAUCUUCUAGCCCUUCCCACCCCUCAGAAAGUGGUAGAUAAUCUUGGUCACCUAGCUGUAGACCACCCAGCUAGGUGGUGUGGUGAGUACACCACCGGGUUUGGAGUCAGGAAGAACUGAGUUUGAAUGCUGCCCCAACCAAUACUAACUGCAAACCCUGGCUAAGUAGCUAGCAUUUAACCUUUCUGAGCCUCAAGUUUCCACAUCUGUAAGAUGGGGAUAAUAAUACCACCUACCUCACAGGGUUGUUGUGAGGAUGAAAUAAAAUAACAUGGGAAGUACUUUGUGUAACCCAAAAUGCUAUGAAAAUGCCUCUGGGGGCAGCUAGGUGGUGCAGUGGAUAAAGCACUGGCCCUGGAUUCAGGAGUACCUGAGUUCAAAUCCAGCUGCAGACACUUGACACUAGCUGCGUGACCCUGGGCAAGUCACUUAACCCCCAUUGCCCCGCCAAAAAAAAAAAAAUGCUUCUGUUAGUACUAGUUGUAUGAUUAUGUCCUGCCUACUGGACAGGGAUGAUGAUUUGGGCCAUCAUCUGGGUCACUGGGAAGAAGAGCAAAGAUGGACACAGAUGUUGGAAAGGAAGGGGCUUCAGGAAAUGAAACCACUCCCUUUCCCUCCUCCCCUGCUCAGUGACUUGGGCAGGCACCUCCUCCAUACCAGGCACUGUCCUACAUCCUGGCAGUGGUAGAGUCAACCUCACUGGAGGCCUCCAAGAAGAUGCUUGAUGGCCAUUGUCAAAAAUCCUGUGGUAUGGAUUCCUGUGUGGGUCAAAGUUGAAGUAAAUAGCCUUGGAGUUCUUUUCCAGCUCUGAGAUCCUAGAAAAUGUAGCGAUUCUAGAAAGUCUAGAAAGCUCCUAGUCCCACAGACUAGGGAGGGAUAACAACAUUUAGGGAUGGGAUGGGCAACAUGUUGCUUGGAUGUAGAUGGCUCUCAAUCCCUCCAGCACAUACAGCUUUGUUCCCUUUCUCAUACUCCUCAUUUCUUUUCCCAUCCGCCUUCUUCCUCUGCCUCCUCUCU